GGCGGUUCCGGGGCCGGCCCCGGGAGCGGUUCCGGGGCCAUGUCCGGUGUCACUGCCGCUUCCUCGGCGGGCGAUUCGAAGGCGAUGCUGGGGACCGGUGCCUCGGCGGGCCAGCAGGACCCGCUGUCGCUGUGGCCGGCGCUGGAGCAGUCGCUGUCGCUGCUGGAGUCGGGCGCCAGCCAGGCGGAGCGGGAGCGGGACGAGGUGCCCAUGCCCAUGGUGUUCCUGUGCGCUGGCUGCCGGCGGCCCGUGGGCGACACGUCCAGCUGGGUGUCCAACGACGAGGCGAGCGGCUGCAUCCUGCUGCGCAGUGCGGCCGCCAGCGUCGCCGUGGACCCGGAGCGGAAGAUUUCCAACCUGCCCGGCGAGUGCGGAUGCUUAGUAGAAACCUUAUUCUGCUCUGGCUGCUCAAAGAUCCUUGGCAGCAUCUACAGGUGCACCUCGAGGAGCCUGGACUACAAGAGAGAUUUGUUCUGUUUCACUAUUGACUCCAUUGAAAGCUACAUCCUAGGCACCCCGGGAAAGCAAGCUGUCAUCCAUGAGCAACCACUCACUCUGGAAAGUCAAGCUGUCUUGGAAGAGGUGCUGGAAAGGAUGGACAUGCUGCUCAAGGCUCUGGAGACAAGGCUGGGCACGGUGGAGUCGCGUGUGGCUGCCCUGCACAGGCAGGUCUGACAGGAGCCUGCUGAGCUGCAGGAGCAGGGCACAGACUGUGCUGCUGAAAGGCUGAGGUGGCACCAGGAUCGGUGACAUCCCUGACUCCCUGUGCCUUCCUGAGGCUGAAGCCACGUUUGCUGCCAGGGACCACAGAGUGGAAGAUGCUACAGACUGAAAACUUGGGCAUUUUUCUCCUGAAUCCCAAGACUCUCUGCAGCUGUACACUGUCUAUCUCUUAAAAGAGUUUCUGGCUUUUUAAAGUUUUUUACAUUCUGCAAUAUUUAUCUGUAACUCCAUUAAAAAGAGUCAUACUGUA